CUCACAGAGAGAAAUGAGCGACGAUCUGAACUGUGAACUGGCUACCAUCCUAGGCCGGCAAUUGCGUCUGAGCUUUAGGAUCGAUCCGGCGACACUAAAGACGAGGAGCCCACGUAAGCGAGAUACACGGCAGGCUGGACCGAGGACAAGGAAGGGUUCGAGGACGAAGACGUGGAAGGGUUCGGCGACGAGGACCAAGACGUGGCCCAGGACGUGGACCAGAACUUGGACCACGGCGUGGACCAAGACGUGGACCAAGGCGUGGCCCAGGACGUGGACCAGGAGUUGGCCCAAAACGUAUACCAGAAAGUGGACGUGGACGCGGACGAGAUCAGAAACUAAGACGCGCAAAGGAAUACGCUCCAAGGUGGAGCGGAGCGGUGCGGUGAGAAUUGGAAGCAGUCUUCGAAGAACUCUUCCCGGAGGCAGAAGAAAUGUAUUCGGCGGUAAAGCCGCUCUCCAAGUACCUGCAAUUUAAAUCGAUUCGCAUUUACGACGCCGUCUUUACCAUUCACUCCAAAUGCACAGUGGUGAUCCUGCUCACUUGUUCCCUGCUUCUGUCGGCGCGUCAGUACUUUGGAGAUCCCAUUCAGUGCAUUACCGAGGAGAAGAAUAUCGAGUACGUCCAGUCUUACUGCUGGACCAUGGGCACCUAUAUCCUCAAGCUGGACCCCCUUCCGUUCCCGCCACCGCUGCCCGCACAGCUGAUGAGCAAUCAGUCUCUGUCCAAGUCCCGAAGCCGCUACCGAUCCUCCUAUCGCCGCUCAAGUCUCCGCCAGCUGAUGGACUACGACGAGGCCUACGCUCGGGCCAUGUCGAUAGCCGAGGGCGUAGGGCCCGAAAUCCGUGGUCAAUCGCAGAGGGUGUACCUUCGCUACUACCAAUGGGUCAUUAUCCUGCUCCUUUUCGAGGCGUUUGUCUUCUAUUUCCCCUCGUGCCUCUGGAAAGUGUGGGAGGGUCAGCGGUUGAAGCAGCUCUGUUCGGAGGUUGGCGAAGCUCUGCUUUCCGAGGAGACCUACAACACCCGUCUGCGCCUCCUUGUGAAGUAUUUUACCACCGAUUACGAGGAUAUUCAUCUCAGCUACAUGGCCAAGUACGUCAUCUGCGAGAUCCUCAAUUUCUCAAUCAGUGUAGUAAACAUAAUGGUGUUGGAAGUUUUCCUAAACGGAUUCUGGACAAACUACCUUCAAGCUCUGGCCUCCAUACCGUUGUACGAUUGGGAUCGCUGGAACAGCAUCACCUCGAGUGUCUUUCCAAAGAUCGCGAAAUGCGAAGUGCUAAAGUUCGGAGCCAGCGGCACUGCGACCAUCAUGGACAACCUGUGCAUCCUGCCACUGAAUAUCCUGAAUGAGAAAAUCUUCGUGUUCCUGUGGGCCUGGUUCCUGCUGAUAGCCAUGAUGGCCGGCGUGAAUCUAAUCUGCCGACUGGCAAUGAUCCUGAGCAGUUACCUGCGGGAGCAGAUGAUCCGCAGCAAGCUGCGGGUAAUGAGCAUACGGCACGUGAAACGUGCCCUGCGGGACCUGACCAUCGGUGACUGGUUCCUCUUGAUGAAGGUCAGUGUCAACGUGAACCCGAUGCUCUUUCGGGAUCUCAUGCAGGAGCUAUGCGAACUCCGCACCUCUUCCUCGGUGAGCAUAUUGGAAAGCGUUGUCUAGGAUCGGUAUCGGAUCGAUAUUGGGAAUCGUUAUUAUCUAAUUCAAUGGUUUUUUUUUAGCAUAUUAUAUAAAUAUUUUAUUCCGCUUC